CCUAUGUAGCUGUUUAUUAGUGAAUGUAUUACUGAAUUUCAUGUUUUAAAGCGUAUCACUUGAAUUGUUGGAGUUGGAGAACUUUAUGGAGAACCCCUAUGCGGAAUCGACUCCACUGGAAUUAGAAUCGAUGCUUUAAUGGGAAUCGACUCGUUCCUGUUCGGAGAAGGUGCGUGACAGUGAAAUGAAGCAGGUUGUAUUGAGGGCUUCAGUCCGUCCCUCUGAUCGUCUGCCUGCCUACUGGGUUUUAAAAAGCCACGCUGGAGGAAAAUCCGCGCUGAAGCCAUGAUUUGGAAGCGCUCGGCGGCGGUCGGGAGCAGGAGUUCGGAGGAGCGACCAGGUUCCCCAUCAGGACCGUAAUGUAAAUACCCAGGACAGUGCUGCUUCACCGUGGGGUUUCUCCGUGGUUCAGGUCGUGGCCUGUUUGUAAGGGAUCUUCCCCCCCACACUCUUUUAUUCCUCAUCUUCAUCAUCUUCUUCAUCCGUCCCGAAUCUCAUCACUGUGAUGGCUGAAGAGCAGCAACAGCAGGGACAGCACCCUCAGCCCGGAUCUUCUCUGCUUCCUACAGGACUGCAAGGAACAGAAAGCAGCGCACUCCAGCUGAAAAUAAAGAACUCGAUCUGCAAAUCUAUACAGUCGAAGGUGGACAGCAUCUUGCAAGAUGUGGAGAGGUUUACAGACAUUGAGAAACUUUACCUCUACCUCAAGCUGCCCUCGGGCCCCAGCAGCAGUGGCAGUGACAAAAUCAGUGAACAAAGCUGUGUUUCUUCGAGCCGGAUGCAGCAGAUGCAUGCGUUCAGCUGGAUUCGGAAUCACCUGGAAGAGCACACAGAUACCUCGCUUCCCAAACAGGAAGUCUUCGAUGAAUACAAGAGCUAUUGUGACAAUCUGGGCUAUCACGCUCUCAGUGCUGCCGACUUUGGAAAAAUCAUGAAGAAUGUUUUUCCCAACAUGAAGGCGCGCCGGCUCGGCAUGAGGGGCAAAUCCAAAUACUGCUAUAGUGGCCUGAGGAAGAAGCCAUUCAUUCACAUGCCGUCUCUUCCAAAUCUGGAUGUACACAAAACAGGAGAUGGGUGUGAGGGGUUUGAACUUACUGGGCAGAACUCCAGCGGGGAGGAUGAGGUUCGCUCUGCUGCCUGUGAUCUGGUGUGUGAGUGGGCUCAGAAAGUGCUGAGUCGGCAGUUUGUUAGUGUGGAGGACCUGGCACGCUUCCUGCUGAACAGCCACUACAUCAGCACCAAGUCUGUUGCUGCUCUCACUGUAAUGACAGGAUCUCCUUCAGGGGCCCCAAUGUCUGCUCAGUCAUCUGCAUUCAUGCCCACAGCUGAUGCACACUCAUUCCAGCCUCAGGUGAAAACACUGACAUCCCCUUCUAUCGAUGCCAAGCAGCAGCUCCAGAGAAAGAUCCAGAAAAAGCAGCAGGAACAGAAACUUCACUCCCCGCUUCCUCCUGAAGCUCAGGGAAGAAGGGCAGAAAGGGUCACUACUCCAUGUGCAAGCACAGGAAUCCCAUGUGGAAGCCCCGCCUUACUUUCACCACAGCCCACCAUCGGCAUUGUGGUAACCACAGUUCCUAGCCCAGUUACGGUUCAAAGAAGUAGACAGCUAAUGUCUCCCAGCCCUGUUCCGGUGGCAACAGCGGAAAGCAAGGUGCUCCCUGUCAAUUUUCAGAUGGUCACCCAAUCUGUGCAGCCAGUGAACCGUUGUCCAAAGACCCCUCAGAAUGUCACUGCAAGUCCUGUUGGUGAUCGUCCAACUCGCCAUCGCUACCCCCAAAUACUGCCUAAACCAGUGACAACUAGCGCAAUCACGCUACGUUCACCUUCUGCACUUCUUAUCACUAAAAGCUCCAUUAAAACUGUUGUACCAACACCUAAGGACAGUUCCAUGAACCUCGUGAAAAUGACUGCCAUAUCUCUGGGGCCCAGCAACAGCACCACCAGCACUACUGCCACCACAGCUAGGCCUGCCUCUGCUGGAAUCACCAGCCAUAGUGAUGACCUACAACCUCUUACACAUGUCCGUAGUGGCUCCAUAGCCGCAAUGCCAUUGACACUAUCAAAGCCAGGACAAACAACCACAACACCAGCAGUCAACAUCGAGAUGGAUGUUGUUGAUGCUGCAGUGCGAGCUAGAGAAGCACAGGGUGGGACAACUGCUGGGGGUACUCAAGUAGAAAGAGUACUUAAACCCAGAGCUGCAAGUGUGCCUACACCUCUAGCUAAAAUGUCUGCAGAAUCGGACAGGCAAUCAGGGAACAAAGUUAAUGGUCUUUUGCUCCCUAUUAAGAACAAUUUUGUGGCUGCCAGCAAUAACAAUCCAAUUAACAGCACCAUAUAUAAAGACCUAGGCGGUCAAAGAACCAGCAGUGUUUCAACAACAAAUAGUAGCACAUACAUGACACCACCCAAGGAUGCACCACACAAGGAGAUGCCGUCUCCCAGCCCUCGCAAGAGACAAGGAUUAUAUCCAGAUCCAAGUCUGACACCUGUCAAAAAAAUUUAUAUUUCCGAGGGAAAUGAAGAUGCACAAUUGUCUAUGAAUAUUGCAGAAAAGAAUGUUUCCAGGUCAGAGAGUCCUGUUGAACCAGAAAGUAAACUUACUUCAGCUGCUGGAAAAGUUAUGGUGAAGCAUACCUCCAGUGAUACUACCCAUAUCCCUGCAUUUUCUGAUAGUCCAAUUGGAAAUACUGACUUCAAGACUGUUGGCAGGUCCCAAAGCAUCUUGCAGGGACAAUGGGAAGGAUCCUCGGCUAAUGUAAAAAAUACCACUAUGGGUACCACAGCUGUGAGUGGCCCUUGCCAAGAUUGUCAAGUAAGGAAUACAAGCUUUCAGACCUUUAACAGACCACGAAGCAUUUCCCAAGGACAGUGGCAAGGGUCUUCAACUAACAUGAACAGCAAGCCAAUAGCUUCUCGCACUGUUAGCGCCCCAGGUCAGGCAUUGCUACAAAACAAAAAUACUCAAUUCAUGCAGUCUAGCUCCUCUGCAGUAUGUGAUCUGAAUGCUGUGCUUUGGAAUAAUGAUCAGCAUGAUGUCAAUCAGCAACAAAUUUAUUCACAGCAGGGCACUGUAAAAAACAAGCACCACAUGUCUAGUGCUGUUAUGGAGCCUCCUGUGAUAUCUCAACCUACUGCCACAGGCCAACUGAUACAGAUGACUUCUGAUAUGGUGGGACAUGUCUCAUCUCAGCCCCAUAUGGGUUACUUCCCAUUUAAUGAUGAUGAUAUGACUCAGGACAGUAUUGUAGAAGAACUAGUUCAGAUGGAAGAACAGAUGAAAAUGCACAGUUCCAUGCAGAGCUUUGACAACUGUGUGGAUAUGGCAAUACCAAGUCAACAGCCUGCAAUGCAAAACAUGAUAUCCAGUCAUCGGGCCACCCCUUCUUGCUACAAUUUGGCCAACACUAGCAGGACACCUAUCCACACCCCCACCCAAGGCACAGAGAUGAUAGGAGUGGGGCAGGGUUUGACCCGUGAGAGCCCCUGUUCACAUUUUGCACCUACCACCCCUGUGGACAGUGCUCUGGGAAGCAGCUGCCAAACCCCAAUUGGAACACCACAUUCAAACUGCAGUAGUGGUGUUCCACCCAGUCCUGUUGAGUGUAGGAACCCAUUUGCCUUUACCCCUAUCAACUCCAGCAUCACAAGUUACCAUGACGGAAGCACUAUUUCAUCCAGUCCAGUCAAGCCGAUGCAAAGACCAAUGGCCACCCACCCAGAUAAAGCGAAGUUGGACUGGAUGAAUAAUAACUACAAUAGCAGUAGUAGCAAUUCUAGCAAUGGAAUUAAUAUUCUGCCAAACUACCAGAAUCUGGUAGAUAACCAGUUCAGAAAACCUCACGCUUUUGCCAUUCCUGGCCAGACAUAUCCAUCACCAGUCAGGCACCAUGACAUACACAUAAGUCGCUUGACACCUAUUUCACCAGUCCAGCAGCAGGUGGCUAGCAUGGCAAACCUUAACAAACAGGAGGGAUUUGCUGUUCCAGCCCCUCUUGAUAACAAAACCAGUACUUCCUCUGCGUCAUUCCGCUGCCGCAGUGUCAGCCCAGCAGUCAGGCAGCGAAACCUAAGUGGAACCCCAAAUCCCAAUGUCCGCCGUUAUGUGGUCUCUCCUUUCAAUUCACCAGUGACACCGGAAGUGCUGAAUAUCUUCGCUAACAGUCAAGCAAAUACUAGCGUUAGUAUUUGCAUGGCGCAGAGGAGUCAGUCAGUGCCACUUACUGUGAUGAUGCAGACAGAAGUAAUGCCUAUGCAAGCCAGUGGUCAGACAAACAACCCUAAAAACAUUACGAAUGUCCUGCUCAACAAGAUGGAUAGUGAUGGAGAUAAUGUCGUACGUGGACUUGGCAUGAACAAUAUGCCAUCCAGUUACACUGCUCGUAUGAACCUCUCACAAAUUCUGGAAGCAUCCCCUGUUCCUGGUUUUCCUUCCAGUGCCAUUAACUCGGCUGGCUCCUCGGCUUACAAAUACACAAAGCCUGCUUAUCUCAUGAAGAACAAUGGAGGGGAGCAAAUAAGCUUCUCAAGGGAGACUCAAGAGCAGUCAGUCUUAGAAGAGAACAAGCAGCUGUUUGAAGACCAGCAAAAUCAGGUCUUGAUGGUUCCACCACAGCAUGGCCUCCAGCAACAUCAGCACCAGCAGUCUUUCCUUUUCAGUACAACUGAUAAAGACUUGUUAGAUGAAGACUUAAACACUGUCUCACAGCUUUCAGGCCAGGGAACCAAACUUGGCACUGUGGGUUCAGAGUUUCCGAGUGAUAUGCAACUGACCUCUGAACUCUCCAGUAGCAUGAAUGAUUUAAACUCUUUAGAUGCAAACCUUCUUUUUGAUCCAGCAUCAAGUCAGCAGCAAGUACAGUAUGAAGAACAGACACUGGAAGAACUAAAGAAUGACCCAAUUUUUCAACAGAUUUGCAGCGACACUGUAAAUUCUGCUAGUUUUGAUUGGUUGGAGAGCAAGGACCAGGCAACAGUGGAAAUGUUGGGUUAAAUAGUAGUUUGCAUUGUUUUAAUAGCUGAUGUUUUUAUUUAUCUAUAAGUGUUUUAGUUUACACAAAGCAGUGUUGCAGUGAAUUGCUGGUCUCAGUUCCUGAAAUGAACAGAAAUUAUCCACAAAUGUUUUUUUUACCUAAGUUGUUCUGUGCACCUUUGAUCAAAUUGAGGUGUUGAAUUUCUCUCUACACAUGUUUAAAUACUGGAAAGGGAAAAUUAAAAUAAACCAGGAUUCUAGUCUUUAAAAAAUAAUCAAUUUUACUGCUUCCUAAAAAUUAUGUAAAAUAACAAAUUGAUUAUUAAACAGUUUUCCAAAAUAAAACCAAAAAAACAAGGGAUAUUUCUGCACACCUUGCAGGCAAGGUAUCUUUGUGUAAAUAAAAUUAAAAUAACUUUUUUUUUAAUGCUUGCUACUUAACAAACUUCUAUUAAGAGGUCAAGCUGUCUGAUGUACUGUGAUUCAAUUGCUCAUGUAAUUUAGCAUUGCAAAUGUGAAAUAGGUGCUUCCAGGUACAUAAAUGAAUUACAAUAUAGUAAUGAAAAAAUAAAUGUAUCAUAAAAUGUAGGAAUAUAACAUAUAAGAUGAUUAUGCCUGUUGUCUUUUAUAUAAUGUAAUUAUAUUGUGAAACUUACAUAUAAAUAUUUAACAGUGGGAAUUGGCAUUUAAACAAAAUACAGUGCGUAGUUUUAAUGAUUUAAAGUCCAAAAGUAUUGGCCUUAUGAAAAUAAUUGGCAUUCUGAUCAUUGUAAUUUCAUUAUUUAUUUGAAUUCAUGCAUAAUUACAUUAAUUUUAUAUCUCAGGGUUCCCUAAGUUCUAGCUGAGAGAUUCAAUUCAAUAAAUGAUGCAUUUAACCAGUAGGGUUUUAUUAACAAUCAUUAAGACGCUUAAAUGUUGUUCAUUUUAAGGGCAUGAAAGAAAAAGAAACAUGUAAUGUUCUUAAAGUUUUAAUCCGCACUUUUAACACUGAAGCAUGUGCAGUCACACAAUAAAUGUUUUUAUUUAUUAAUUUUUUUGUAAAACCUUUAUACUUAUAACCAGUUUUAGUGAUUGUUACAAAGUACGGUCCUCUCGAGUAGCAAAUCCAGUCUAGAUCCAGUUUGGAUAAAAUGCAAAAUUAGGUCUCAAAUAACGUUAAGGAAUUUAAAAUGUUUUUACUUUGGAUGUGAUCAAUCUAGAAAUGUUAUUACCUAUGCAUUUUAAAUCAGUUGAUUUCCUAUUUUUUUUUACAAUUGAAUACAUAAACUUUAAAUUUUUUGUAAACUUUUUACAUCUUCGAUGUUUUGCAAAAGAAAAAAAACAACAUUUAUAUCAAGUGGAUUGAUUUGUCAUUAUAAGAAGUGCAAUGUUUGCUGAAUAUUUUUUAAUGUUACCAAUGUGUGACUUUUGGUUUAGUUACUAUGCACUCUUACAGAAAUAAGAUUUGAUGAUUACCACUGUGUCAAGCUGUGAACCCUGGAAUUUGAGCAUAAUCAUAGCUAACAAAAUUACUGGGCUCAAAUAAUGCCAAUGCUUAUAUACACUCUAUAGAGAAGAUUGUGUAGAAAUGGUAUAUAGCAUGCAGCUAAUUUUCUUGUGCCUGAUGUAAAAAUACAAUAUACAUUUUUUGCUCACCAUAUUACAUCUCAGCCUUACUGCCCCUCCAAACCAAAGAAAAGAUCUGGAAAUUAAGGGGAUUUUUUUAUUUGGAGAUUUUAUACCUUUAUUUACUAAUUUAAAAAAUUUAAAAAAUUUGUUUUGCAGCGUUUUUAUAGGCACUCGAUUGUUUUUGUAAUUUGUAACAUGAAAUUUGCCAUGUAGCACUAAAACUUACUAAAAGAAUGUGUAAAGAACACACUACUUAUAUAUUAACUAGUAUAAAAAUAUGCAGUGCAGAAGACUGUUAAAGUAAUCCAAUAAUUUUAAGCGUGUUUGUAUAUAUCAAACUUGUAUGUGAAGAAUUACAGGCACUGUUUAAUGUUAUAUGUAGAUGUAGUUAUCGUUGUGGUCGUCGUAGUUAUUAAACUUGUAUUUAUCAGAAGCCAGCAAAUAUGCAGCGUGCCAGGAGAUUUAAUCUUCAUGUACAAAAGUUUAUUGCAUGUUUCUAUGUAGUUUGUUUGUUUGUUUGUUUAUACUAUGUAUAUUAAGAACAAUGAGAAAACACAGUGUAUGAUUAAAGGUGUUAUGUCAGGAGACAUAUCUUUCUGUCAUGGACAAGGAUAUGAAUCUGGAAAUCCAACAUCUUAAAUUGGUCCAAGCUUUAGAGGUACAUUAUUAUAUUGCACUAAUUUGUUUGUUCGAAACAAUUAAAAAAAGACCCCAAAAGUUUAUUCUAAGUGCUUUUAAACCCCAAGAUUCAAACAACAAAAAAUGUGAUUUGAACAAAAAUUGUGUUAUAAAACACAAGGCAAUUUCUUUUCUUACUAUUUUCUUUCACUUUUUAAAAGACUCAGUGAGUUUAUGAUUUCUGUCUCUAUAAUCCUCAUUAUAUAUGAUUACAUUUAUUAUUAUUAUCAGUGUAGCUGAUGUUUAUUCGAUCCAGAAGUGUGUCUAUUAUUCUGUGAUCUAACUUCUUUUAUCUUUACCUUUUUGUGGUGUUAAACUUUGUACAUCAGACUUCCUUUAGUUGACAUUUUGGAAAGUUUUUUUUCCCUCUUCAUUUUUGCAUUGAAAGCAGUCACUGACUUAUUUUAUGUGACUAAUAAACAUUUUGUAAAGUAUCAU